GAAAUAAUAUUUACAUUACGUUUACAAAUUUUUUGUAAUUUUAAAUAAAGUAGAAACAAUAUAUUCACUAGAUAAUUAUGAAUAUCUUAGCUAUAUCAAUUAUAUUCUCAGUGUUAUAUCAUAUGCCAGAUGUGAUAGCUUCUUUAGAUAGUGAAGAUGUUCGCAAUUAUUUAGGAACUCGCACACCUUACAGAUUUAUUUCUAAUAAAAAUGAUUCUAAGAUAAAAUAUCCUAACUGCAAGGAUUCUAAAAUAUGGAUGAUGAUUCGCCAUGGAACAAGACUGCCAAGUGCUAAGGAUAUUUUGGGCAUGAACAGUACGCUUCGGGAUUUGAAAUAUGAAAUUCUGCUCAUGCACAAAAAAGGCAAAGGUGAACUGAAUCCAGAGCAGUUAAAAUUAAUAGAAGACUGGUCCAAACACAUAGAUGUUGAGCAGGAGAAGUUCUUGGCUCGGGAAGGUCAAGAUGAGAUGAUACUGCUUGCUGAGAGAAUGCACAAAAGAUUCCCAAAUGCUAUAAAAAAUAAGUACAAUAAUAAAACAUUCAUGUUCCGUUAUACGGCUACUCAGAGAGCACAGCAAAGUGCAAGAUAUUUCACCAUCGGUUUAUUUGAUAAGAAAGAAUCCCAAGGAGUGAUUUUUUCACCUGCAAACAAAGUAGAUCCAGAGUUAAGAUUUUACAAACAUUGUGACAAGUGGCAAAAGCAAGUUAAGAAAAAUCCAGACACAUACGUCGAGCAAAAAUUGUACGGCACAAGUGCUGAAAUGAACAAGACUAUAGCCGCUGUUAGCAAAAAGUUGGGUCUAGAUAAAGUCUUGAGUUUAGGAACUGUGAAUUUAAUGUAUAAGAUCUGCGGAUUUGAAACUUCUUGGAAUAAACAUCAUUUGUCGCCAUGGUGCAGUGCUUUUGAUCAGGAGAGUGCAGAGGUAAUGGAAUAUUAUCACGAUUUGAAACAUUAUUGGAUGGAUGGCUAUGGGCAUGAUCUGACUUACAGACAAGCAUGUAUGGCGAUCAAAACUAUGUUUGAUAAUUUCAGUCACAAAAAAGACCCGCACGCGAUAUUCCUGUUCGCACACUCGGGGACCCUGCUCAAGAUCCUCACACACAUGCAUCUGUAUAAACCGGAGACUCCGCUACGAGGCGACGCCAUCGACAGGAAGAGGCCGUGGCGAGCGACUAAUAUUGACUGCUUCGCUUCUAACUUAGCUUUUGUGUUAUACAAGUGCAAAGAUGGCGACCGCGUUUUGACGUUGCACCAAGAGAGAAUAAUAAAGCUGCCGAUGUGUGAGAGCGAGUUGUGUCCCCUGGAGCAUCUGAAGGAAUACUUCCACGAUUCCAUUUACAACUGUGAUUAUUCCGACAUGUGCAGCCUUGAUAAAGAUAAUAGUUCAUAAAUUAAAGACUAUGCCAUAUUGCGAUGGGCUAUCUGAAAGAACUUAAAAUCAUGACGAUCAUGGUUGUUGAUACUUAUCAAUUAGGUAUUAAUAAUGGAAGUCUGUGUGCUGUCAACUUAAAAAAAUGGUAAAAUGAGAAUUUCCACGAAUUGCAUUUGGUUUUACUAAAGAGAAAUCAGUACUACUUAUAACUAAAAUGCAAAAGAAAAUAAUAUUUAUUUUUAAACCAAACAUAUGAAGUAAUGCUUUUGGCUAUGUAAAUUCGUCGAGCAGUCCGAUUAAAAUGUCACUUUAGUGGCUUGAUAUACAUAUUUACCUAUUGGAUCUUAAAUUACAUACCAAUAAAUAGGUACCCCUUAAGUCAGUUUGAGUAAAACUUACAUAAGUAGAACUGUAAGCUUGGAGAUCAAUGUUUAUAUGUAGUAUUAGACUAGGCGCAGACCACCGAUUUUUAGUUGGCCGAUAUUUGGGGCCCGAUUUUAAUUUGUAUGACGAAUCGGCCAAAUCAAAUCGAUGUAAUGUGCGCACUUCUAUACAUGCCCAUGUAUUAGCUUAAGACCUUCUCACCAAAUGAAGCAAUAAAGAAUUAUGAAUUAUGAAUUAUACUGAUCAAAUGCCCGACUAAACUAUCGGCCGACGAAAAAUCGAUGGACUGCGCCUAGCCUUAAA